AAUAAACAUCCAGAUCCAAGAUAUAUUCAGACAUAAAAUAGUCACAACAAUAUGGAUACAAACAGAAAUGCAUUUGUACUACAUCAUAUUUAAUAAUAAGGUAAUAAGUCACGGAAUGCAAUUAUUCUAAUGUCCUCAGAAGACAUACAUAUUGUGGCUGUGUUUGAAUUUCCAUAUCAGAAUAGAUUUUGAAGUAGUCCUUAGUAGUCCUUGCCUGACCUAAUCUUACUUUUGAGAGCUCAAAGCGGAAAUGCUUGUGAAGACUGUGUUUGUCUUGACAGCGGGGGGAACGUCGUGCACCCUUCAUGCUAUUCUUGGAGAAAUACUGCGCAAACCUUCCGCUGUCACAGGUAUUAUUUACGUUAAAACCUUAAAAAAAAAAAAAACACGUAAAGGUUUAGACAUCUGAGUUUCCACGCCCUCAAACGUGACAACGUCCACUAUCAAAGUGUUGAACUCAUACUCGGACACUUAUUGCUACCUUAUGGACAUAUUGUCGUUUUUUUGUUUUGUUUUUUGAGGAAGCGGUUUUAAAAACAUUGGCCUUACGGUGAGCUCACAGCUAACGACACAGGAAGUGGUUCAAUGCUUUUGUAUUUGAAGCCAUAAAAUCAAACCCCUCACACAGAGACAGUGACCCACAUAAACAAGAACACGAGGUGGACACGUCUUAUGGAAGUGCCAUAAAAAAAAAACAACAACAACAUGCUGCUCAAAAGAAUCUACAGACUGCUUCCUAAAGUGUCCCUGGAUUUACCAAGACACAAAGUUAUCCGCCGCAGCAUGGCCUCAGACCCGGAGACGACCCGUUUCGACUUUCUGGUGGUCGGCGGCGGGUCCGGGGGUCUGGCCGGGGCUCGGCGGGCGGCAGAGCUCGGGGCAUCCACCGCCGUCAUCGAGAGCCACAAACUCGGAGGUACCUGCGUCAAUGUUGGCUGCGUCCCUAAGAAGGUUAUGUGGAAUGCAGCGGUUCAUGCUGAGUACCUACAUGACCACAGCGACUAUGGCUUUGAAACUGGAAAUGUUCGUUUCAGUUGGGAAACUCUUAAGGCCAAAAGAGACGCGUAUGUGUCACGCCUGAAUCAGAUCUAUCGCAACAAUCUUGACAAGGCCAAAAUCCACAGCAUUCAAGGCUAUGCCAGGUUUACAGACGAUCCUGAACCCACAGUGGAGGUUAAUGGAAGAAAGUACACGGCGCCUCACAUCCUCAUAGCCACUGGAGGGCAGCCUUCUGUUAUAAGUGACGAUGAAGUUCCAGGGGCAAAUCUGGGCAUCACAAGUGAUGGCUUCUUUGAAAUUGAAACCCUCCCAAAGCGCAGUGUGAUUGUUGGAGCUGGUUAUAUCGCAGUGGAAAUGGCAGGCAUUCUUUCCACCCUGGGCUCCAAAACAUCCCUCAUUAUUCGUCAGACGGGAGUAUUGAGGAACUUUGAUGCGUUCAUAAGCGCCAACUGCACCAAAGAACUUCAAAACAAUGGCAUUGAUUUGUGGAAGAACACUCAGGUGAAGUCUGUGAGCAAAACGGGCCAAGGCCUGGAGGUGACGCUCGUCACCAAAGACCCGGAGAAGAAGGAUGAUGAGGAGAAGAUCAGCACCAUCAAAGAAGUGGACUGUCUUCUCUGGGCCAUCGGCCGGCGGCCCAAUACAGCUGGACUGAACAUCGGAGGCAUGGGUGUGGAUACAGAUGAAAGAGGCCAUAUCAUUGUGGAUGAAUUUCAGAACACUACUCGACCCGGCAUCUAUGCGGUUGGAGAUGUUUGCGGCAAAGCUCUUCUCACUCCCGUUGCCAUUGCUGCAGGCAGAAAGUUGGCACACAGGCUCUUUGAGGGAAAAAAGGACUCCAAGUUGGACUAUUCCACCAUCCCCACAGUGGUGUUCAGCCACCCACCCAUUGGUACCGUGGGCCUCACAGAUGAGGAGGCCAUUAAAUCUAACGGAAAAGAGAACGUUAAGAUCUACAAGACGUCUUUUACUCCAAUGUAUCACGCCAUCACAAGCAGGAAGAGUCAGUGCAUCAUGAAGCUGGUGUGUGUGGGCAAAGAGGAGAAGGUGGUGGGCCUGCACAUGCAGGGCCUCGGCUGUGACGAGAUGCUGCAGGGCUUCGCUGUGGCCAUCAAGAUGGGCGCUACCAAAGCAGACUUUGACAAGACUGUUGCUAUUCACCCCACCUCUUCUGAGGAGUUUGUUACAAUGCGUUAAUGCAAACAUAAUCCCCACAAGUUCCCCACUCCCUAUAAGACCAGCAACCCAGGCAAACACACCAGGACAGAGCCUCACCUCCAAACUGCUCUCACAUCAGCUUGACAACUUGCCCUCUGAAAUGACUUGCAUAUUUCCAUUUCCUCACUUAAGUGACCUUACUUGUAUACAGUGUUGAACUUUUUUAAUUUUUAGUUAAAUGGACCAACUCUGAGUUAUGACCCUAUUAAAGUGUACUGUGGGUCUUGAAUACUUAUUGAAGACUGAAUUCUAAUUUAAUGAUUGUGAAAUGGAAGUGAUGAACUUGCAGGUAUUAGUCAAGAGAUUGCAUGGGAAGUCCAAGGACCUCUCUCCUAGUGUAUGUGUUUGACUUGUCAGCCAUUUGUCAAAUUAAUCUAUCCAACACUGCUGCUCUUUAAGUCGCCUAUUCAGUGCGAGGUCUAACAAAUAUCUACUGUACUGUUCCAAAGAUCCAAUAAAGU